CUUGCAGCGAGACGCUUGGCGUUGCGCUUCCUUUGGUCAAUGAACUGCAUGAAAACCCCGUUCCACUUGGAGCAUCGAGCCGCAGGGACUAAGCUGUCUUCCUCCUUCUCCUCUUCCUCCUCUUCCUCCUUCUGUCACCAUCAUCAACCACCACUGGCCAUGGCUUCGGUUCUGGCUCCAGGGCAGCCACGCUCGCUGGACUCCUCCAAGCACCGGCUGGAGGUGCACACCAUCUCAGACACUUCCAGUCCCGAGGCCGCAGAGAAAGAUAAAAGCCAGCAGAGCAAGAAUGAGGACACCGGGGCUGAGGACCCUUCCAAGAAGAAGCGACAGAGGAGGCAACGUACCCACUUCACCAGCCAACAGCUUCAAGAAUUGGAAGCCACCUUCCAGAGGAACCGCUACCCGGACAUGUCCACCCGAGAAGAGAUUGCCGUGUGGACCAACCUCACGGAAGCUAGAGUGCGGGUUUGGUUCAAGAAUCGCCGGGCCAAAUGGAGAAAGAGGGAGCGGAAUCAGCAGGCCGAGCUGUGCAAAAACGGCUUUGGGCCCCAGUUCAACGGCCUUAUGCAGCCCUACGACGACAUGUACCCGGGCUACUCCUACAACAAUUGGGCUGCCAAGGGCCUCACUUCGGCUUCCCUUUCUACUAAGAGCUUCCCCUUCUUCAACUCGAUGAACGUCAACCCCCUGUCCUCACAGAGCAUGUUCUCCCCGCCUAACUCCAUCUCGUCCAUGAGCAUGUCGUCCAGCAUGGUGCCCUCGGCGGUGACUGGCGUCCCGGGCUCCAGCCUCAACAGCCUGAAUAACUUGAACAACCUGAGCAGCCCCUCGCUGAACUCCGCGGUGCCGACGCCCGCCUGCCCCUAUGCGCCGCCGACCCCUCCGUACGUUUACAGGGACACGUGUAACUCUAGCUUGGCCAGCCUGAGACUAAAAGCGAAGCAACACUCCAGCUUCGGGUACGCCAGCGUGCAGAACCCGGCGUCCAAUCUGAGCGCCUGCCAGUACGCGGUGGACAGACCCGUGUGAACCCCGGAGCCACCAAAGCGCCAAUCCAGAAAGCGAGCG